CUCUUCCUCACUCGAAACGUCAUGAAACGCACACUCACAGCAGCAGACAAGGCAAAGCUCGCUUCCUUCCUGCGCGUGAAUCAAGCCGGUGAACUCGGCGCCAAUCUCAUCUACAAGGGCCAACAUGCCGUUCUCAAACAUACAAACCCAGCAGUUGCUCCUACCAUCUUGCAUAUGUGGGAACAAGAACGCCACCAUCUCGCAACGUUUGAUCGACUCAUUGCUCAGCAUCGUGUUCGACCGACCUUCAUGAGACCGGUCUGGGAGGCUGGUGCCUUUGCGAUGGGUGCAGCGACUGCGUUGCUUGGCACAAAAGCCGCCAUGGCGUGUACGGAAGCUGUUGAAACGGUGAUUGGCACACACUACAAUGAUCAAUUACGAGAAUUGCAAGCGAUGGAUUUGGAUUUGGGAUUGCAAAAGACCAUCAGGGAGUUUAGAGAUGAUGAAUUGGAGCAUUUGGAUACAGCUGUGAAUGAUUGGGAUGCAAAAGGUGCGCCUGCCUAUCCUGUUCUCACAGAAGUCAUCAAGAUGACAUGUCGAGCGGCAAUCAAAGUGUCUGAACGCGUAUAAUAUGCAAUAUCAUGUGAAAGGAAAAACAAGAGAAACUCCGCCUUACAAUAAGAAGAAAAGAGAGAGAAUGAGAAAAAUGAAUGUAAUUUGCCACUGUGCG